AUGUCUCGAGAUAAAAGCGUUUGGUUUGCCGAAGAAAUUUUAUUGGAUGCUAAACUUAUCAAUUUUCAAUUGGAAACCGGAGAAUGGGAUGCUGUCGAGGAAAUGUUACGCGCUGAAGCUCAACUCUCAAGAGAUGCUGAAACUGGACGAUUAAGACCGAAAAAAGCAUCAGAAUAUACAUUACGUCUUAUUGCUGAAGUCCUACAUAUUAUGAGACUAGAUGUUGAACAAGCGUCAUACAAUCGUAGCACAUUAGCUGUUGCAGAACAAUGCCUAAGACUGGUGCGUUCAUGUGCAGCAGCUGGAACUAAAAUGCAAACAUACAUUUCAAAAGAACUUUCCAUUCUUGAUUCAAUGUUGAUUUUGGCAACAGAGUAUCAACAUCCAAAUAUUGAAUACCUUAAUGAAGAAUUACAAAAGAAAUAUGAGUCAUGUAUGGCAGUCCUCAUACAAACCCUGGGAAAUUUAGUUGUGAAUAAUCCUUUUAAUCAGAUAAUAAUAUGGAAUAAGUUUGAACCAACUAUACUCAAUUGCUUAGUUGGACAAAAUGACAAGAUUGCUUCAGCUGCUGCUAUGAUUGUGUACAACAUCUUACUAGGCCAGCCAAAUGUCUUGCCAGAUGACGUCACAUUAUUGAAUUCUUUGGCAUAUAUGUAUAAUAAUGAUAAUGCUGAAUAUCCUCAUUUAAUUAUAGAGUAUUUAAUUGGCGUAGAAAAUACAUAUAUAGAAAAACUUUAUUCAAAGUUAGAGCCAGAAAGCCGAAUGUUAGUUUUGAAUCUAGCCUAUAAUAUUCUAAUGUCUACAGAAUCACAAGACAUUAAUGUGUCUGUUAAUUUUGUUAAAUUUAUGGCACAUGAAUUUAAGAGUAAAUCAGAUUGUAUCUUGAAAACAAUAGACAAAUAUGUAAAUACAAUAGAACCACAAGAAGUAGUAUUUCUCCUUGAGAUUAUUGCUACAGCAUCUAGUAUGGAUACCUAUAUGGACUGCUUACAAAGUGACACAUCUUUAUUUAUCAACUGUGCAUUUUUGUUCAGAGCUAUACACAAAUUGGGUAAAGAGAGCAACAACUUCUUUUCAUCCAUUAACAAAUUGUAUGCUGCAACAGGAAAGCAAUUGGUAUGUGAUGAUAACAUGCCUGCAUGUACCACACCAGGUGAAAAUCCUCUUUGCAAAAACGACUCGGCUGAUAAUAUGCUCUCUUGUAAUGAAACUACAUCUGAGUGCACAGAAUCAGAAAGUAGUGAACAGUUCUUUGAAUGUACUGAUAAUUUAGUUUAUAAUGAUAAAUUAGAUAUUUUAGCUCCACCUGAUUUUACUCCAAAGUUUGAAUUGGAAAAAUCAUCUCGACCCUUAGAUGUUAAAAUAGAUCAUGAUUUAACAAAAGUUGCAUUCAAGCGAAGCAGUUCGGUUCCAAAGGGCGCGACUGAUGAAAGAAUUCAACUUCCAACCCGCCGAAUCAGUUUGGAACAUAAAAUUGAUAUUUGUGAUGAUAAUGAGCCACCUUUGAUCAUUGAUGCACAGUCUCCAACAGCAAGUAUGAACACAAUUGCGGAAGUCAUUCCGGUUGCAUUACAACCAAAGCUGGAAUUUGAUAACAGUAGAACUGAUUCUCAAGAUAGCUCACCAAAUGAUCCUCCUACAGAAAUACAUCUUAACAAGGAAGAACUUAAAGAUACAAGCAUCAAAGCGUCACCAAGUGAAAUAUCUCCACCCUUAUCUGAAAAUAUACAUGAUACAGAGUCUCAAAAGCAAUCACCUGAUACUCCAAAAGAAGUGAAGAAAAGUCAGAACUUAUCAACAGAUUUUGAUUUAAGUGAACAGUUACAGAAGAUUCUAGGAAUAUCGUCUGAAAAGACCCGGGGAGAUGCAACAAUGGAGAAAAAAAGUGAUCCAAUAAAAGAAGUCAAGAUAUCUGAUGAGAUUACUUCAAAUAAGGUGCCAUUUGUGAAAAUUGAUUCACCAGAAUCACUAAAGACAAGAUUGGGGGCAAUAGAUAUGUCAACACCAAAGAAAGCAAUAACAAGUGUAGAUACAGUAGAGAGACAUGUUGCUUUUGGAUUCAAAGCAACUUUAGUUAGAACGCUUGCAAAUCUCUGCUGGAAAAACCAGGAGAACAAGAGACAGAUGCGAGAAUUAGAAGUAAUACCAGUACUUUUGGAUUGCUGCAACAUUGAUGCUCGAAAUCCCCUGAUAAUGCAAUGGGUUAUAUUUGCAGUAAGAAACUUAUGUGAGAAUUGUCCUGAAAACCAGGAGGUAAUAUCAAAAAUUACCCUGCAAGGUCCUGUCGACAACGAAGUAUUGCAAGAGAUGGGCCUAACACUACACGUCGACUCUCAAGGAAAUACUAUAAAAGUCGGGCCAUUGCAGAGAAACUAA